ACUGCUGAGGACCAGCGCUGAGAUUUCCACCCUCUUCCCCGUGUCCACGGUCCGGUUAGUUCGCCAGUCGCUCUGCUACUUGACGCGAAGCAGGCCCUUUUCAAACAUCGGUCUGUUUGGCAAGAAGAAGCAGAAAAAGUCUUUGGCUGCAAGUAGCGGAAGGACGAACUAUGGACGGAAACAUCGAAGAGAUUCUGGCCCCGUUGAGGCUCGCAGUCAAAGAACAGGGGGACCUGGUUCGCCAGAUGAAAGAAGAAGGUGCGCCUGAUGUGGAUGUUACUAAAGCUGUGGCUGAACUGAAAGCAAGGAAGAGAACUCUGGAGGCCAAGGAAUUGGCAUUACAACCCAAAGAUGAUGUCAUUGACAGAACCAAGAUGGAGGAUACCCUAAAGAGACGAUUCUUCUAUGAUCAGGUUGCUAUCUAUGGAGGUGUAAGUGGUCUGUACGAUUUCGGCCCUGUGGGCUGUGCCCUGAAGAACAACAUCCUGCAGACCUGGAGGCAGCACUUCAUCCAGAAGGAGCAGAUCCUGGAAAUUGACUGCACCAUGCUGACCCCUGAGCCUGUCCUCAAAACAUCAGGACAUGUUGACAAAUUUGCUGACUACAUGGUGAAAGAUGUCAAGAAUGGAGAAUGCUUCAGGGCUGACCACCUUCUCAAAGCCCAUCUCCAGAAACUGAUGUCUGAUAAGAAGUGUGCAGCUGAGAAGAAGGCCGAGAUGGAGGAAGUCAUCACUCAGAUGGACAACUACACCCAGCAGGAGUUGACUGAUCUGUUUGUGAAGUACAGUGUGAAGUCACCGACCACAGGAAAUGACCUGACACCUCCCAUCUCAUUUAACUUGAUGUUCCAGACGUCUAUUGGACCAGGGGGGAAUAUGCAAGGCUAUCUGAGGCCUGAAACUGCUCAGGGAAUCUUCCUCAACUUCAAGCGUCUUUUGGAGUUCAACCAGGGAAAACUGCCCUUUGCUGCUGCUCAGAUUGGAAAUUCUUUCAGGAAUGAAAUCUCUCCUCGCUCUGGACUCAUUCGUGUUAGGGAGUUCACUAUGGCUGAGAUUGAGCACUUUGUGGACCCAGCGGAGAAGGUCCAUCCUAAAUUCCCUAAUUUAGCAGACCUGGACAUCAUGUUAUACUCCUCCAAGGCGCAGACCAGCGGGCAGUCGGCACACAUCAUGAGACUUGGAGAUGCUGUGGAGCAGGGGGUGAUCAACAACUCCGUCCUGGGAUAUUUCAUCGGUAGGAUCUACCUCUACCUUACUAAAGUUGGUAUUGCCAAAGACAAGCUGCGUUUCCGACAACACAUGGACAACGAGAUGGCUCACUACGCCUGCGACUGCUGGGAUGCUGAGGCCAAAACCUCCUACGGCUGGAUCGAGAUUGUAGGGUGUGCUGACCGGUCUUGCUAUGAUUUGAAAUGCCAUGCACGAGCUACAAAGGUCCCUCUGGUUGCCGAAAAGCCUCUUAAAGAACCCAAAGUUGUAAACAUUGUCCAGUUUGAGCCAAACAAAGGAGCCAUUGGGAAGGCGUACAAGAAGGAUGCCAAGAUAGCCAUGGAGUAUCUGUCUGUGUGCGACGAAUGCUUCAUUACAGAACAGGAGCAGCUGCUGAAUGAUUCUGGAGAAUUCACCAUCGAGACAGAGGGCAAGACGUUCAAACUCACAAAGGACAUGGUCAGUGUGAAGCGGUUCCAGAAGACCCUGCAUGUGGAGGAAGUUGUUCCAAAUGUAAUCGAGCCCUCCUUUGGCAUUGGUAGGAUCAUGUAUACCAUCUUUGAGCACACAUUCCAUGUCAGAGAGGGGGAUGAACAAAGAACGUUUUUCAGCUUUCCUGCUACUGUAGCUCCGUACAAAUGUUCUGUCCUGCCUUUGAGUCAGAACCAGGAAUUUGUGCCGUUUGUAAAGGAACUAUCUGAGGCUUUGACCAAAAAUGGGGUGUCCCACAAAGUGGAUGACUCUUCAGGGUCCAUUGGGAGACGCUACGCCAGGACGGACGAGAUUGGAGUGGCCUUCGGCAUCACCAUCGACUUUGACACUGUGAACAAGACGCCUCACACGGCCACGCUGAGAGACCGGGACUGUAUGAAGCAGAUCAGAGCGGAGGUCUGCGAGUUGCCUGCUAUUGUUCGGGAUUUGUCCAAUGGCACGUUGACCUGGGAGGAGGUGGAGAGCAAGUACCCCAUCUUCGAAGGGCAGGAGACCAGCAAGAAGGACACAGUGGAAGAGUAAAGCCGACUAAGCUUUCAGCUCCAUGAAAACACAGACUUGUUACGUAUGCAUCACUAGGAAGAAUAAUGCAACUGUAUUGUGAUGAGCUAUAGUGGGGCACUGAGCCCUUGGGUUCCGCACCACUGCAAUCACUAAAAUGUCUUGUAUUCAUCAUCAUACAGUUGUGGAAAAAGCUUGCACAGGACUGUUGUUUCUUUUGACGAGCAACGUUUCAUCCAUGUUUGACCAUGUUGCUAUGAUCUAAAAGGGAGAUGAUGUAAUCAGGUUGUCAGUGGAAGGAGGCUUCCACCAUUUCACUUUUCAGGCAGAUCCAAUUAAGAUAUUUAACUGUUUCAAUAAAAACAGCCAGCACUUACUGGA